UUCCAAUUUAUAGAAUUUUGUGAAUAAAAACAUGGCUCUAAAACUGACAGCUAAUGUUGCCAAUCCCCCAAUAAGUGGUUUGGCAACUGCCCAUCUCAUCAAUGAUACGGUGCCUGUUGAAAUCGUAUGGGGCAAUGAGACAUCUUUGCUGUAUCCAGAUGGCCGGCGUUUGGUGUGCUAUUCGAAUAACGAUGUUUUGCGUGCCUUGGCCAGAGCUGCUCCCGCGUACAAGUUGUACGGUGAAACCGCCAUUGAACGUACCCAAAUCGACCAUUGGCUAUCGUUUUCGCUGACCUGUGAAGAUGACAUAUCAUGGGCCAUGGAAUUUUUGGAUAAAUCCAUUGCUCCAGUUACAUAUUUGGUAGCCAAUAAAUUAACAAUUGCCGAUUUUGCCUUGUACAAUGAAAUGCAUUCCCGUUAUGAGGUUUUGGCCGCCAAGGGUAUACCUCUGCAUGUGCAACGUUGGUAUGAUUUGAUUAGUGCCCAGCCAUUGAUCCAGAAAGUUUUGCAAUCUCUGCCAGAUGAGGCUAAGUUGACAUCUAAACUUGUCAAUCGUCCCAAGAAUAACUCCAAGGAAUCGUCGCCAGCUGUGGCCGGUAAGACCGGUGAACGUAAACAGGAGGGUAAAUUUGUUGAUUUACCCGGUGCUGAAAUGGGAAAAGUUGUUGUGCGCUUCCCUCCAGAAGCUUCGGGUUAUUUGCAUAUUGGUCACGCCAAAGCUGCCCUGCUUAAUCAAUACUAUGCCCAGGCAUUCGAUGGCAAAUUGAUUAUGCGUUUCGAUGACACCAAUCCCGCCAAGGAAACUGUUGAAUUUGAAAAUGUUAUUUUGGGAGAUUUGGAGCUAUUGAAUAUUAAACCCGAUAUCUUUACACAUACAUCGAACUAUUUCGAUUUAAUGUUGCAAUAUUGUGAGCAAUUGAUUAACGAAGGAAAGGCCUACGUGGAUGAUACACCACCUGAACAAAUGAAGGCUGAACGUGAUCAAAAAACUGAAUCCAAGAAUCGUUCAAAUGAUCCCGCCAAAAACAUGGCCAUGUGGAAGGAAAUGUUGAAUGGCACCGAAUAUGGUCAGAAGUGUUGUGUGCGUGCCAAAAUCGAUAUGCAAUCUCCCAAUGGUUGCAUGCGUGAUCCCACAAUCUACAGAUGCAAAAAUGAACCACAUCCCAGAACUGGCACCAAAUACAAAGUUUAUCCCACAUACGAUUUUGCUUGUCCCAUUGUUGAUGCCAUUGAAAAUGUAACACACACCUUGCGUACAAUGGAAUAUCAUGAUCGUGAUGAUCAAUUCUAUUGGUUCAUUGAUGCUUUGAAAUUGCGCAAACCUUAUAUUUGGGAAUACAGUCGUUUGAAUAUGACCAACACGGUAUUGUCAAAACGUAAGCUUACCUGGUUUGUGGAAUCUGGAUUGGUUGAUGGAUGGGAUGAUCCUCGUUUCCCCACAGUACGUGGCAUUGUUCGACGUGGUAUGACUGUCGAAGGUUUGAAGGAAUUCAUUAUUGCACAAGGUUCCAGCAAAUCAGUGGUCUUUAUGAAUUGGGAUAAAAUUUGGGCAUUCAACAAGAAGGUUAUUGAUCCCAUUGCCCCACGUUACACUGCCUUGGAAUACGAGAAUCGUGUUGUAGUCAAUGUUGCCGGUGCCAAGAAAGAGAAAAUCGAAGUUCCUGUCCAUCCCAAAAAUGAAUCUUUGGGCAAGAAAACUGUUACCUUGGGACCACAAAUCUACAUUGAUUAUGCCGACGCUGAAGCUUUGAAGGCUGGCGAAAAUGCCACUUUCAUUAACUGGGGUAAUCUGAUGAUUAAUAAAAUCAAUAAAAAUGGAUCGGGUAAAAUUACCAGUGUUGAUGCCGCUCUCAAUUUGGAAAAUAAGGAUUUCAAGAAGACCUUAAAACUUACAUGGUUGGCUGUUGAAGAUACGCCCGAGGCAUAUCCACCCACUUAUUGUGUUUACUUUGAUCAUAUUAUAAGUAAACCUGUGUUGGGUAAAGAUGAAGAUUUCAAACAAUUUAUUGGCCAUAAGACACGCGAAGAACAUUUGAUGUUGGGCGAUCCAGAAUUGAAGAAAUGUAAAAAGGGUGAUAUUAUCCAGUUACAACGUCGUGGUUUCUUCAAGGUUGAUAAUGCCUAUGCCCCACCCAGUGCUUAUUCGAAUGUUGCAUCACCUGUUAUUCUAUUCUCUAUUCCUGAUGGUCAUACCAAGGAUAUGCCUUCAUCGGGUUUGAAAAUUAAUGCCGCAGCUGAUGCUAAUAAGGCCGCCGCCACCACCAAUGGUACAACAACCUCCAAUGCCAAUGAUUUAGAUCAAAAGAUUUCCAAACAAGGUGAUAUUGUACGCGAUCUUAAAGCAAAGAAAGCAGAUAAGGCACAAAUUGAUGCUGAAGUCAAGAAACUGCUGGCAUUAAAGGCUGAAUACAAGGCAGCAACUGGUAAAGAUUGGAAACCUGGACAAAGCGUCAGCACCCCAGCUGCAGCAGCAACCACAACUAGCGCAGUACCCUCUGCUAAUGCAGUUUCCGUUAAUGAACAAAUUAUCAAGCAAGGUGAUUUGAUUCGCGAUCUUAAGGCCAAGAAGGCACCCAAAACUGAAAUUGAACCUCAAGUGAAAAUCCUCUUGGAUUUGAAGGCUUUGUUUAAGAAAUUAUCUGGACAAGAUUGGAAACCUGGUGUAUCAGUUCCUGCGUCUGCUGCUCCCACACCAAGCGCCGCCACUCCUGCCACCUGUGCCGUUGCUGAUGUUCUAAACAAAAUCGCCAGCCAAGGUGAUAAAAUCCGACAACUUAAGGCCCAAAAAGCAGACAAAGCCACCAUUGAACCUGAAGUAAAAGUUUUAUUAAACCUCAAGGCAGAAUAUAAACAGCUUACCGGUGAAGAGUGGAAACCCGGUUGUGUUGCCCCUGCACCAGUUGUUGUUAAGAAGGAAAAAAGUCCUGAUCAACCAUCAGCCAAUGUUGUAGCUGAGCUCCUCAACAAAAUCGCUGCCCAAGGUGACCAAAUCAGACAAUUGAAGGCUAACAAGGCAGAUAAGGCGACCAUUGAUCCAGCUGUACAAUUAUUAUUGGCAUUGAAGGCUGACUACAAGAGUCUUACCGGACAAGAUUGGAAACCUGGUACCACCGCCCCUGCUGUUGUAACCAAAACUGAAGUUGUUGAUUUGACCAGUGAAGGCUCUAACACCAGCUCCGGCGUUGCAAGUGUUUUGGAUAAAAUUAAACAACAAGGUGACAAGAUUCGUAAACUGAAAUCAGAAAAGGCUGCCAAGAACGUCAUAGAACCUGAAGUUAAAACCCUCUUAGCCCUUAAAGCUGAAUACAAAACCCUAACCGGAAAAGAUUGGACACCAGACGCCAAAGUUGAAGCUCCCGUAAAACAAGAACCCGUCAAAAUGUCAUCUACCCCCGUAACCGAAAAAGAUUUACUCACCAAGGAAAUCACCGAACAAGGUGAUAAGGUACGCACUGCCAAGACCAACAAGGCACCCAAAGAAGAAAUUGAUGCCGAAGUUGCAAAACUUUUGGCUCUGAAGGCCAGAUAUAAGGAAGUAACUGGCACCGACUUCCCUGUCGCUGGACGAUCGGGUGGUGGUUCGGCCAAGAAAGCACCUCAAGAGAAAAAAGAAACACCUAAACCUGCCAAACCCGCUAAGAAGGAAACUGAAGCUGCCUCGGGUGCUGUCAAGAAACAGACUCGUUUGGGUCUUGAAGCCACUAAGGAGGACAAUUUGCCCGAAUGGUAUUCUCAAGUGAUAACCAAGGGUGAACUGAUCGAAUACUACGAUGUGUCGGGUUGUUAUAUUUUACGUCACUGGUCGUUUGCCAUUUGGAAAUACAUCCGAACAUGGUUCGAUGCCCAAAUCACACAAAUGGGUGUCAAGGAAUGCUACUUCCCCAUUUUCGUAUCUCGUGCCGCUUUGGAAAAGGAGAAGACACACAUUGCUGAUUUUGCUCCCGAAGUUGCAUGGGUUACCAAGUCGGGAGAUUCUGAUUUGGCUGAACCCAUUGCUGUACGUCCCACCUCCGAAACCAUUAUGUAUCCCGCCUACGCCAAAUGGAUUCAAUCGUAUCGUGAUCUGCCCAUCCGCCUUAACCAAUGGAACAAUGUUGUACGUUGGGAAUUCAAACAUCCUCAGCCAUUCUUGAGGACUCGUGAAUUCUUGUGGCAAGAAGGUCACACCGCCUUCGCUACAAAGGCUGAAGCCGAUAAGGAAGUGUUGGACAUUUUGGACUUGUAUGCCCAGGUGUAUACUGAUCUGCUGGCUAUCCCCGUUGUCAAGGGCCGCAAGACCGAAAAGGAGAAGUUCGCCGGUGGUGACUACACAACAACUGUUGAGGCUUUCAUUUCUGCCUCGGGUCGUGCAAUUCAAGGUGCCACCAGUCAUCAUUUGGGACAAAACUUCUCGAAAAUGUUCGAAAUCGUUUACGAAGAUCCCGAGACACAACAGAAACAAUUUGUCUAUCAAAAUUCAUGGGGCAUUACGACGAGAACAAUUGGUGUUAUGAUUAUGGUUCAUGCCGACAAUCAAGGUUUGGUAUUGCCACCCCAGGUGGCAUGUAUUCAAGCUAUUGUUGUACCCUGUGGCAUUACGGUGAAUACCAAGGAAAAUGAACGGGCCGAAUUGUUGGAUGCCUGCAAAGCGCUGGAGAAACAAUUGGUUGCCGGUGGCGUUCGCUGUGAGGGCGAUUAUCGUGACAACUAUUCCCCAGGUUGGAAAUUCAACCAUUGGGAAUUGAAGGGUGUCCCCUUGCGUAUUGAAUUGGGUCCCAAGGACAUGAAGGCCAAACAAAUUGUUGCCGUACGCAGAGACACAGGCGAGAAAAUUACCCUGCCUAUGGAAAAUAUUGAACAGAAAAUCAGUGAACUCUUGAAAACAAUCCAUGCCAGCAUGUUGGCUAAGGCACAAAAGGAAUUAGAUUCGAGCAUUAAGCUGACAAAGGAUUGGAGUGAUUUCUGUAAAUUUUUGGAUCAAAAGAAUUUGCUAUUGUCGCCAUUCUGUGGUGAAGUUUCGUGUGAGGAUAAGAUUAAAGCCGAUAGUGCACGUGAUGAAGAUGCUGAGCCUGGUGCUCCUGCCAUGGGUGCUAAAUCGUUGUGUAUACCCUUCGAACAGCCUGCCGCCAUUACUGAUGCUGACAAGUGUGUCCAUCCUGCUUGCACGAAUAAACCUAAAUUCUAUACCUUGUUUGGACGCAGUUAUUAGGUUGC